GGAGGGGGGGAGAGAGAGCGAGAGAGAGGGAGAGAGAGAGAGGGAGGGCAGGCAAGAAAACUUUUCACUUCUGAGGAGCCACAGAGGAAGCGCGCGUGUAUGUGUGUGUGCGCGCGCGCGUGCUGGAGCGGCGACCAUGCAGGAGGAGUCUGGAGAGACAGUGAGUUGUGAAAGCAAUGGAGUGGCAGAGUGGCUGUGCCCCCUGUGCCAAAAAAGGCAAUCCGACAGAUCCUCCCUGUCUCUACAUCUCACAGAGCAACACAGCGUACUUCCAUCUUGUGUCGACAAACUGCUGGACAUUGCUGUUCUAAAACAGGGUGGCAGUGGAGGAGCAGAGGACACAAGUACUCUGAAGUUUUCAAGUGCUGAAUCUUCACAACUGAAGCAGACGGACGACGUCUGUGCAGAUCCCUGCCAAUCAAGUGCGAGUUCAGACGCCACCCAGACGCUGGGAGACAAAGAGAUGGAGGAAGAGAGAAUAGUAGAACGGGAGGGAGGUGAAGCUGAGCCAGAGCCUGAAGAGGAGGGAAAUCAAGUCACAGGAGCCAAACAUCCAAAUGCAACUGAAAACGUAGAAAUCCCAGACAGUAGUGAAAAGGCAGUUGGUAAAAAUGGUGCGCCAGCUGAAAAUAACCCCCAGUCAUUCAAAUGCAAUGCCUGCCUGGAAACGUUUCCUGGCAAAACAGCCUUGAAAGUUCAUUACAACUCUGCAUCGCACAUCCAGAGGAUGACAACGGGCCCGGAGAAGCAAGGUGGGGACACCGAUCCCCCGGCUCCCUCGGUUCCUGUCCUGCCUCGGCCAUACAAACCCUACCAGUGUGCUGUGUGUCGAGUCUCUUACAAUCAUGCCAUCACCCUCGAGAGCCAUAUGAAAUCUGUCCUGCACCAGACCCGCAGCAGGAACGCGGGAAUUGUCACACACGCAGCAAACAGUGCAGCCGCCACUUCUAGCUUGGGAGGCACCGCCACCAGUGCUGUAAACGCUGUAGUGACCACGGCCGGAAGUGGCACCAGUCAGUUGGUCACCAGCACCACCUGUGUUUCUCCAGGGGCUCUGAUGGUGAAUGCCACAAAAGACGGAGAGCAGGUUCCAACUUCCCAAGUGGCCGCCUCCCUCCUCACCUCCCCUGUGGCCUCGGCUCAAGCAGUUUCGGCCUUUCUCACCCUCCUCACAUCUAGUCCCAGCACUCUCUCGCACCCCCUCCUCCCCUCCCUCUUCGCGGCUGGUGCUGCUCCCGGUGCCGCCGUGCCACAGCUCGUGCCACAACCUCAAAUGGUCAUGCCCUUGAUCUUGAAUGGGCUCCAAACCCAGCAGCACAUAGAGAACCAGCAAGGCCAGCUCCUAACCCAGUGUCUGCCGUUCGUAGGUCUCAGCACAGCCCAGCAAGCCCUCUUAACCCAAAGACUUACCAGCUUACAGAACCAGUGGCCCUCUGCAGGGGUUCCAACAAACCUACAGCCCUGCCCAGUGCAGCAGACUGUAAAGUGUGAGCGAGAACCCGAAAGACAAGACAAUGACGAGACCCAAGAGAGGGUCUCGGAUCACAUCGAGGGUAGGAAAAACUGGACUACAGACAACCUUAAAUCUGAGAAAGUUAUGGAAAAGGACAGUAAACAAACUGCCCAGUGUCCCAAUAUUGAAGAUAAAGUCAGUGUUGAGAAAAGCGAAGACAAUGGGAAGGCGCGCAGAGAUAGCACAACAGAUGGAGACCGCUCGACUGAUCAGUUGGACCUGGAAGGUGAUAAAGCAGCUAGCCUCAAUCUCUCCCCAGUGAGCACAGAGAAGAGCCUCCGCAAUAAAAAUCUCUCGCCUUCUGCAUCUGUGCCCAGCAACUCAAGCCUCAGUCCUUUAAAUUUAAAUCUUACACUGAGCCCUGAUUCUACUCCUCAAAAAUCCCACUCGGGCACGAGCCCCUGCGGCUCACUUGGCACCCCAAAAUCUAGCCCGAGCACAAACGCCUUAACUAAGAACCAAACUCGACCUCGUUGUAAUGCAAUGGGAUCCGUUAAUCCAGACCUUCCAGUGCUGUCAGAGUUCCAGUCGGAGGUUCUCUGGGCAUUCUUUGAGUCACGAAGUGAGGCUGACGCCGCCAGUCCCCCCCGUGAGGACUGCGAGGCGCUGGGCAGAGAGGUGGGACUUUCUGAGGAGGAGGUACGCAAGUGGCUGGGCCGGGCCCGACAUGCAAAACGGAGGCAGAGGGCGACCCAGUUGGAACACCUGCAACGCCUGGCGGGAUUUACGAGGCACGCCGAAAGUUCCGACUGCGACGAUGAGGAAAACUCCCUGGUUAUAGCAGAGGGGGACGAUGACAUCGAAGCGUCGGGUAGCCAGGCAAUGGAUUUGUCUAGUUCAAGAGGGAAACGCAGAAAGAGAGAGGCAGGGAGGGAUGCUCUGGGGGAGACCUGUCUCACCUCUGACUCUGAAAAUGAGGUCUACACUUCUGUCAUCGUGUCUGAUGAGGAAAGUCAGAAUGGAUCUUUGAGGGGGGGCCCUGAGAGCCCUGCUAAAGAUGAAGCACAUUGGGAAGUCCCUGGUGAUAAGGGGCCAGUUGGGGGAAAGGUCUUGCGCUCCACAACGGUGUUUCUCUCUGAUGCAGAGGAUGAGUACGAGGUUGAGGAGUGUGGAGGGGGUCAGAGAGCGAUCAGGAAAAAACGAAAGGGCGAAUUUGAACGCGACGAGGUGGAGGUGAAGAAGGAGAGACUGGACCCUGAUGUGGAUCUAGAGUUGGAGGCCCAAGGGGAUCCUCCAAGUUCACAGUGUCAUUCUGAGAUUCCAAUCAGUGCGCUCCACUCACUUCCAAUGUCCAUUAACCCUUUUUCUACUCAGUUCCUGAGCCCUUACGUCCUCUCCCUUAAUCCUUCGUUGGUUGAUGGGAGCAAAGCGCCCAUUUUUACAAACCCGCCCACCAUCACGCGCUUCUCCAGCUCUCUACUCUCACACUCUCUCUCCUCCCACAGCCAAGCUUCCCACUACCUGUCCAAUGGCGGCGACUGUGAGUCUGCUCUGGAUCUCAGCAUGGGGAAAAACAAGAAGUGUGCUUCUUCCUCAUCCUCUUUGGCUGAUAAAAUUGCAGCACAAAAAGGACAGUUGCUGGAUGGGCUCGGUUUGAGGCCCACCUCCAAAGGUCUGGUUGUCGUCCAGGUGAAGCCUGAACCCGUCACUUCCAUGAUCUCUUCCAACAGCAGUUUGAGUCUGUUGAACUGCAACAACAUGACAAAGUCCAGUAUUUACAUGAGGGCAGCAGAGAAAAUGAAUGCCACGCUAUUGGAAAGGGAGAGAGCGAAGGAGAAGGAGAGGGAGCAGGAUCCGCAGCAGCAGAGAAAGUCCAAAGGAAAAAGGUAUCGGGAUAUGCGACGUUCAAGGACCAUCAUUCAAGCGGAGCAACUUGACAUUCUGUAUGGCUGCUAUUUCAAAGACCCAAAUCCUGGGAAACACGAGUUUGAACAGAUUUCAGAGUGGGUCCACCUUCCAAAGAAGGUUGUUCAGAUUUGGUUCCAGAACAUGAGGGCGAGGGAACGAAAGGGUGAAGUCAGAUUCAUCAGCGACGGCACCCUGGCAGCAGUCGGUAAACCUCUCAUCAAAUUUACCUGGCCUCUUUCCAAGCCCAUUUUCUCAAACAAGCCCGCUUCAAAUAAUACCGGGUGCAUCACGACUGCUCCGAUUGUGCGCACCCUCAUUAAGACUGAGAGGGAGCCUGUAAAGGAGCUUGGCAAACCUCCCACGGUGAAGAAAAUGGCCCCGGUUCCUAUCAAGCCCAAAGAGGUUGUCUCCUCUACUACGGUGUCUCCCGUGAGCAGCAGCAGUGCUUCUGCAGCACCAAAGACUAAGCUCGAAACGACCAGCAAUGUCACUAUGGUCAAAGUGGCACCAAAGGUCCUCCCUCCUGUCCUGUUACCGCCACCCAAGGACCUGAUCCCCAUUGCCCCGCGGCCGACGCAGAAACGAAAGCUAGAAGAGGAAAGCGAGGAGGAAAAGACCGAUGAGGAGCGAGACGAUGAAUGCGAGUUGGCUUCUGGACCAGGAAGCACUAACCGCAUGGUGCCCAAGCUGCCCACAACUCCCAUCAACAACAGGCCUCACACCACAAUAGUGGUGCCACAAAAACUAAACGGGCUCAACUACUGGACCCCCAAGGUCCCGAUUAAGAUAAACACCCUGUCCAGAGAGCAACUGGCUCUCCCGUCAUACGGGUCUCCACGUACCACCCCCACUCCUCCGACCCCCAGCACUGCGCCAGUUAGCCCCAGUAUCCCAGGUUCUGCCAAAAUGGCCAUCCCUGCCCUCCCGGUUCGAGCCAAAUCCAGCCCGACGGAAAACUGUAUUCUGCCCCACUCAUCCAACCGCAGGCCGCGCACACACCUGUCCUGCCUACAACUGUCCAUUCUGCAGUCCUGUUACGAGACCUGUGCCCACCCGAACGCCAUGGAGUGUGAGGCCAUUGGCACAGAGCUCAACCUGCUGCUGAAGGUGGUGCAGAUUUGGUUCCAGAACACGAGAGCCAAGGAGAAGCGCUGGAGGCUGCAACAAGAGAAACUGUCUCCGCUGUCAGGUGGAAAAUUGGACAUGAGCUCGGGAAGCUACCUGCAGUACAACGCCCUCAAAGCCAAUCGUCCCAUCCUGCCCAAACCCGUUCAGCUGACCGUGACGGAACCUCCAGCUUCCCCGGUGGCGGGCCAGCCGGUGCCGAAGGAGACCCUGACGGGCCGCUGUGACGCCUGCAGCUUCUCCUUUGAGUCCCGGGCUGCGGCGCGGGCCCACGUCUUCUCCCCGCUACACCUGGCAACCCUGAGAACCACUAACUUUGGCCAGCCAACGAUGCUCGGCAACAAGAACGGAACCGGUAACGGAGGCGCUCACUCCGCCGCGGCAACCGGCGCUGGAGGCGAGGUGGUUGUGGAGUUGCCGCCGACUACAGCCACCAGCAGCAGUGGGCCUGUACGCCGGCUUGGCCACGAGGCGCGUCGGCACAGUUGCAACAGAACAAUGGCGGAGUUCGGCAACGGACUGACGGAGGAAUCUCUACUAGAUUCAGAUCCCGGACAUCCCGAGUUGGAAGACCCGGGUGUCGGUGACGAAGAACCGGGAUUAGAAGACGGAGAGGCCGCAAUCGAGGACCCGGAGCUGGAGGCAAUCAAAGCUCGGGUUAGAGAGAUGGAGGAAGAGGCGGAGAAGCUGAAGGAGCUCCAGAACGAGGUGGAGAAACAGAUGAAUCUCAGCCCCCCACCAGUCGGUCCAGUCAUCAUGUCCAUCGAGGAAAAGAUGGAAGCGGAUGGCAGAUCUAUUUAUGUUGGAAACGUGGACUACGGUGCCACGGCAGAAGAGCUUGAAGCACACUUUCAUGGCUGUGGUUCAGUAAACAGAGUCACAAUCCUAUGUGACAAAUACACAGGGCAUCCCAAAGGGUUUGCCUAUAUUGAGUUUGCAGACAAAGAGUCUGUUAGGACAGCCAUGGCACUGGAUGAGUCUCUUUUCAGAGGAAGGCAGAUAAAGGUGGGCGCUAAGAGAACAAACAGACCCGGUAUCAGCACCACAGACCGCGGCUUUCCACGGGCUCGGUUCCGAUCACGGGGUGGCGGCGGAGGAGGAGGAGGAGGCGGCGGCGGCGGCGGAAGCUUCUCAUCACGUGCACGCUACUACAGUGGCUACACACCACCCAGAGGCAGAGGGCGGGCCUUCAGGGGCCGAGGGCGAACAACAUCGUGGUAUUCCCCUUACUAAACACCCCCUCCCUGUCCAACAUCCCCUUACUAUCAACCCUCUCCCCUUUUUUCCAUUUAGAAAAAAAAAAAAAACAUGCACACACACAUGCACGCACAUAAUGAAAAAGUCACCUCCCCCCCCAACAAUAAAAGAAGAGAAUCCCAGAAGAGAGGAAAAAAAAGACAAAAAAAACACAAAAAAAAACAACCUCUCCUGGACAGAGAGACUGACUGGCCGCAGUGUGCGAUUGUGUGUGAGCGUGCGUGUGCGGAGGUUGAUGCGGUCACCCUGGUAAGGUAUCGGUGGGCCAUUAGGAAAAGAAUAAAGUGGCUGAUUUUAUUUUUGUUAUGAGGGAUGGGAGGGGGGCUGUAGGAGAGGUUGGUGGUAUCUCAGGCUGCAGAUGUGUCUCCUUUGGUCUGGCUGUGACUUCCUGCUUUUCACACCAUCCCAACACAGCCCACCCACUCACCCUCCACCACCACCAAAAGAGAGAAACUUAAAGUGGGUGGGGGGGGGGAGGGAAACGGCAACAAACGAAUACAUUGUUUUUUGUUUUUAAUGUACAGUACAUAUGUGAACUUUUCACUAGCCCGAGUAUUUGUUGUGUUUUUAAGUUUUGUGGUUUGGAGUAUAUCACCUCCCUACCCCCCCCUCCCCUCUCCCCCUUUGUGUUCGCCGUUCUCCGCCCUCUCCCCCCUCCUCGCUGCAUUUUAUAACUCAUGCUUUUUCUCCCCCCACCCCUCCAUGGCCCAUCACUCCAUGGAUUGUUGUUGGACAGUGAUGGACCUUCAGUGUUCAGUGGGAUUGUACGUGCAUAGAUUUUUGUUAGUUUUUUUUCUCCUUGUGGGGGGCGGGGGUCCUCCUGCUGCCACCUUCCUGCUGCUCGUUCAUACCCGUCACCUCCAACUCAGGCAUGCCCACAGCUCCUUUUAUUAUUUUGGAAGACAUCAAUGUUUUUAUUUUUUGUGCAACCCCCCCACCCCCACCUGUUUUCCCGUCCCCUCCCCUCUGUGUCCCCUGUCUCCUGUCUCUCCUCCUUCCCCUCCCCGUCCUCUCUCUGUAUAUUAGACCCACUUCUUGUCGUUUCAGGUUUCAAGACCAGUGGAGGCUGACGACCCCUCCCCAGGUGGCACAGGCCCCCCCAACUGUCUCCGCAGCGUCUCUCUCUCUCUCUGCUCCCGCUAUGCACACUCACCCCAUCCUGUCCGUGUGGGGGGGUGGGGGAGGGGGGCAGGGCGACCACAGGCCCGCUGCGGGGGGCAUUUACUACAACAGCAAACGCUGAUGAUGCUUUUAGUCCCUUUCGCAUUGCAUCUCUCUCUCUCUCUCUCACACACACACACACACACACCGCUCUGUUCAACGCGCAGCGCAGCACACACAGAACUUAACAGGCAGCCAAUCCAACACAUGAUUUCUACACGGAGAGCUGAAGGCAACAUAGCUGAGUGGCAGGAAGGCAAGUUUGCGUGAGUGAGGAAGGCAGGACCAGAGGCGAGGGUGUUUUUUGGGGUGUACAGUGCGGACCUUAAUGCGCCCCCUUCCUCUGACUGCGCAGUGCAUUCACGGCUUGUCUGAGGAGCGAACAGCAUUGAUUAAUAAUUUAAUAAAUGGAACGGGCUGGAGCGGUUAUUUUAGGGAAAGUAGGGUGGAGUUUGUGUGGAGACCUUUUUCUUUUUUUGAAAAGGGGAGUGGGUUUGAACAAAUGUUCUGCUUUUUUAUUUUUAUUUUUAACCCAUGAGUCUGUAUUGGGGGGGAAAAAAUAAAAUAAAGACAUUGUGUAAAAAUG